CUCUGCAUUUAUGUGUGUAUGUGUGUCUCUUUCUCUCUCUCUCUGCGUUUAUGUGUGUGUCUCUCUCUCUCUCUCUCUCUCUCUCUCUCUCUCUCACUCUCUCUCUCUCCUCGUGAGCACAGCUUGGGCGUGCUUCCAGCUGGAGUGUGUGUUUUUUGAAUGAAUACCUGAUGAAGUUAAUGAAGCGAGCGGUGGGAGGAUCAGAGACAUUGGAGUACUGUAGGGGAGCUCUGGCAGGCAGCGUAGUCCCAUUGCAUAACACAUGCUGGAGCUGCUUUUCAUGCAGGGCUUUAUGUGAGCCCAGGCAAGAGGACGGACUUCCUUUUGCACCGGCCUUUGCAUUGGCUUGGGGAAGGAAAGUGGGGGAGAAUAGUGCCUCCAAAACCCCCUCUGGACUAGGGGAAAUUAAAAAAGGGAACUGGGGCAUACCUGCCAACCUUCCUGCCCUUUGCUUAGAGAGGAGAGACAGAGAGGCAGGAACUCAUGUGAUACGGAUUGCUAGAUCAGUUGAGGAGGCUUGCGCUCAGUGGGAAAUGAUUCCUCAUGAAGUCCCUGGAUCGCUUUCUGACAGCAGGUGUGACUUCCAGUGCGUUAGACUGAGAUCUGUGACGUCAGACACUGAAGCCAGUCAGUGAGUGGGUGGGAGGAACAGAUCACGGAGCGAGCAAACGACAAACCAUGAAGUCCAACCAGGAACGGAGCAAUGAAUGUCUGCCCCCGAAAAAGCGCGAUUUCCCUGCCAGCAACCUGUCAUCUGAUGAGAAGCCGUUGGUGGCCCCAGCCAGCGAGAGCCAGCGUGGGGAGAACCUGGCCUGGCUUGCCAACGUGGCUAGCAGGCAGAACAACAUGGGUAGCGGGCGGCACAGCAGCACAGGGAUCCCAGCCGAGGCGCAAGACGUAGCCUUGUACAAACCACUCCCUACCACGGUGGACUAUUCCUCUUCAGCCAGAGUUCCUAGUACGGAUGCUACCAUGGCAAUGCUCCCUACUGUGUAUCCUUCGACUCUCUCCCAGCCGGGGAUGCCAAUCUCUUCUUUGCAGAAUUCACAGCUCCCACACGCUUUACAAUUCAUCAGCUCACCAUACCCAGGGCCUUACACCAGCUACAUCCCCUCACAGCUCAUCUCUUCGACCGCAACCUCAACCGCCACACCCUCUUCCCAACGCUCACAGCUCGAGGCCUAUACCGCCGCUGUUAUGUCACAAGCGCAGGCCUCCAAAGCCGAGCACCACCAACACCAACAGCACCACAUGGUCCGGACGCCUGGGUUGAUUGCAGCCGGGACACCGCCACCUUUUGCACAGCCGCCCAAUCAGUACGUCCAGUUUGCAGGCUCACCUUCGGGCAUCGGCAGGGCUGUCUCCUCCCCUCCCGCCCACAUCCCGCUUCACCUCCACUCCCACCCAGCUGUCAUCCCUCAUGCCCUCACCCUUAGCGGGAAUUCGCAACUGGUGGUCCAUUACACAGAUGGACACCUUUCUGCGGCUUCUACUAAGAAGCUCCAGGAAGACGGGCGGACACGCGAAGUUCUAAACGGCGAGAUGGAUAAGGGCAGACGCUACAGCCUGUCCCACGAGGCCAGCCUGGGCAAGCCUAACACUGGGGGCAAGGGAGACCCCCACCAUCACCACCAACACCAGCAGAAACAGCAACAACAACAAUACCACCAUUACGAGACCCGUCAUAUGGUGCUCCCUGCUGAAUACAACACACAGGAAACCUCAGGCAUACGGACCUCACUGAUGCUGGUGCCCAAUAGCCAUGCCUCCAGCAGCACAAAUUUAGAGGCAAUCAGGGAGCAGUCGCCUUCCUCGGUUACCCACAUGGAGAAGACCGGGCUCUGUCUGGGGAAGCCCAAUUCGAGAUCCUCCUCAUACACUCUCUCCUCCCCACAGCUUGGCUCAGAUGGCUUAAAGGCAACAGUUGCCACUCUUUCUCCUCACACCGUUAUCCAUACCACCCACAGCGCCACAGAGCAAAUCUCUAUGGGACUGUCUGCCGCAUCCUACUAUCCCAACGCUGCCCAACAGCCCAUCAUUGGCUACAUUGCCGGCAGUGGCCAGCAAGAGCAGCAGCAGGCCGUCAGCUACCACACCAACCUGCCACAGCACUUGGUCAUCCCCGGUAGCCAAUCUCUACUGAUCCCAGUGGGUGGUGGCAGUGGGGAGGUAGAAGCCAGGUCUACUAUCGUGACCUCAUCCCUGCAGUUCGCAGCAGUGCCUCACACCUUUGUCACCACCACAGUCCCCUUCGGGGCUGCAGAGACCCUAGUCAGCCAGCCUUCGACCACCUACCACGCAGCCAUGGUACAGGCACAGAUCCACCUGCCCAUGGUUCAGCCCAUGGCCACUGCCACACCUCCAAGUAUGCUGACACCUCCUGCCACAUCCUCCUCCCUGCCCCCUUACUUCAUGAAGGGCUCCAUCAUCCAGCUGGCCAACGGGGAACUGAGGAAGGUGGAGGACCUUAAAACAGAGGACUUCAUCCAGAGUGCUGAGGUCAGCAACGACCUGAAGAUAGACUCCAGUACAGUGGAGCGGAUCGACAGCAGCCAGAACCCCAGCUUUGCCAUCAUCCAGUUCGCAGUAGGAGAGCACAGAGCUCAGGUCAGCGUUGAGGUUUUGGUGGAGUACCCUUUUUUUGUUUUUGGGCAAGGCUGGUCUUCAUGCUGCCCAGAGCAAACUACUCAACUGUUCAACCUGCCCUGCAUCAAGCUCUCAGUGGGAGAUGUCUGCAUCUCCCUCACCCUCAAGAACCUGAAAAAUGGCUCUCUAAAGAAGGGCCAACCUGUGGAUCCGACCAGCAGCCUCUUCCUGAAACCACCAAAGAAUGACGGCCUAUAUGGGAGCAGAGUCAGGUACGUGGAGCACGAGAACGGAGUCAGGCAGAGAGGAGGUGGUGGCACUGUCGGCACAAUCGGCACACAGACCAUCUCUGAAAAUGGAGAACUGAAGUUUCUUGAAAAGACAGGAGUGCUGGCUGAUUGCAGACCGCUGGUCAUCAAAACAGACGCCAGCAGCAAGCCCACAGCCAGGAAGAGGAGGUGGUCAGCGCCAGAGAGCCGCAAAGUGGAGAAAUGGGAAGAGGAGCCUCCUUUGACUCUUCCCAAGCCCUCUUUUAUUCCUCAGGAGGUUAAGAUUUCCAUCGAAGGUCUAUCUAAUUUAGGCAAGUGAAGGCUCACAGGGACAUUUUAUGACGACGAUGACAACGAAAAUGAUCCCUCAUUCAUGUUUUUUUUUUUCCAUCCAGAUUACUGUACUGUAGGCUAAAUAACUCAGUAUCAUCUUAUGUUAGGUUUAUGUUAUAAUCUUGUAAUAGUUGCAUCUCGUAUUACGCAGGCAAUUGGUGCAUAUUUUCGUUUCGCAAAUCUCGGGCAGUAAUUCAAGGACGUUGGCGCACUGCUUGACUCCACAGGGAAUGUGAUUGGCAGGUCUGCAGCUCAUUUAAAGCAAUAUUUAUAAAAAAAUAAAUUAUGUACUCGCUCUCCCUUAUCCUUAGGCCUUGGUGUUGGUGAAAAUAGAUAAACAGGGCUAGCAUAUGGCUGGAAUUCUGCAGUUACCACUUUAUAGUUUGUUAAACAUAACUUGAACCAGGAGAUAUGCAGAGCCUGUUCAAUCAAACUUACUAACAUACAGUAGGUGAGGCUGAACUGUCAGUUUUGUUAACAUUUUAAACAUUACACACUUGCUUAACAAGUUAUUUUUCUUGUUCAAACUUUUGAUAAAGGAAUAUGAAAUGUUAUUUGCUGUUAUCUGUUUAGGUGAGACUUUGAAAUGAACACACCCCAAGCUCAGGUUUACUGCUGCACUAGCAAGUGUGGGCUAAGUUAUGUUUAACAGUCUAUACUUGACAGGUAUUUGGCAGAAACAAAGUAAAAGAUGGGCUGGUAGACUUAAUUAGGAAAUGUUAAAAAUACUAUCUCUAGACUAUGAUAAGGUAGCUGUGCACCUAAACUGUGGAAUUAGCUGCUUAGAUGCAAAUACAAUAGAUUAACUGUUUGCAAUCUAGGUUAAAGAUUAAUUUAUUUGAGAAGGCCUUAUCUUUGCAGUAGCUUAAAGUCUGGUUUGUAAAGCCCCUGGAGAUGGCUGUACAUGAAAGGUGCUAUAGAAGAAUGUACUGUGAAGUGGGCCUUGGUUCAGAUCCAUGGAGUGGCUUGACGGAGUUACAUCCUUACCCACUUUCUCAUUGGCGAUGAUGCCUCUGGUAGGGUAGACAUGAUGUCAGCCGUCCUCUGGAAUUUUAACUUGCAUCUCCUAGGUUGUUUUGUAUGUUUUAUUUUGAGAUCCCAGACCAUGUAUUUCCUGAAAGGAGUGCGUUAUUGUAUAUACAACGCACUAAAAGGAAAAAAAUACAUUUAUUACGGAACAUUUUGUUUAGUUUCAGGUUUACAAGUGGACAGUGCAGGAAAGGAACACAGACAGUGUGGAUGUGGACUUAGUGUCCGUGUAUGCAAGUCAGAGGCAAAAUGCUUGUUGUGCAGCAGAGGCCUUACAUGAAAAGAAUCCAGACUGGCCAAGGGAAAGCCAUUCAUCAACACUCUUAUGUCUUCCUCAUUGCCACAGUUGUUUACUUGUAAACCUGAAACAUGUUCUGAAAUUGUAUUUUUUUUUUCUUUCUACAGUGCAUUGUUUAUUCACAUUCACAGAGGUAGCAGUAUCUUUACUUGCUGUUAACAAGGUUUUUUGUUGGAUCUGCAAACAGCAGGGACCUUGCAGUUCACCCGAACACAAUACGAGUGUGUGUGUAUGUGUGUGUCCUUAGCAGUUGUUUCUUCUCAAAGCAGGUUUCCAAAAACCAGGUCCAGAGAAGGUAGAGAUGGUCCACUCAAGUGAAAAUGACACAGUUAUAGAUUAAAAAAAAGAACUGCCUGGGUUUUCUUUCUCUCGGAGAAGUAGAUAUGCACAUACACAGGGAUAACUUGCUGAGAGUCUGCAGCACUAGCCUCUCACAUCAAUCAGGUAUGCAAGCAGUGCCAUUCGUCCCUUAGGAAACAGAGGCCGCUUUCACCAGUUGCUGCGGAUAAGGUGGAGUUCGCUUUAUAGCUAACUCUAGUACUGUUUAUUUUUGUUGUUGUUUUUUUAAAAAGAAAACAGAAAAAAAAAACAAUCAUCACUAUGGAUAACUGGUGCCACUUUUAACCUAUUUUCAGUUUAACAGAAAAUCAUGUGACACACAAGAAAGGGGUUAGGGGAGAAGAAAAUGUCUUUAAGCACUUAAAUAUCUGUCACACCUACUUGCUUAGAAUUGUUAUUUUAAUGUAGUUUUGGUCUCAGUAUUCUGUAUGUCAUUUAUCAGUUUAGCUAGAGGAAUAAGAAAAAAAAACACCUUCAGUAACACUGUUACCUACAGAAAGACAUGUAAAGGGUGAUGGAGUAAAAGGGAUGAAUGUGAAUACUGAACUAGUAUGUGAAAGCAAAAAAAAGAGUCUGUCUGGGACUGCUUUAGAAAAGACACUUUCAGAGGCUCUAAUCAACAGAGCAUGAGGGCCAAGGAAGGUUUUGGAAAAAAAAGUAUAUAUAUAUGUGUGUGUGUGUGUGUGUAUAUAUAUAUAUAUAUAUAUAUAUAUAUAUAUAUAUAUAUAUAUAUAUAUAUAUAUAUAUACACACCCACACACAUACACACACAUAUACAGUAGCUAUAUGUAUGUAAGUUAACAAAUUACUUGUUGAGUGUUUUGUAAAAGUUGGACAUUUAAAGAAUCUUGCAAUUUGCACAUCCGGAGAGUUAGUAACUUUUGUUUUCAGCUGUAAAUAUGGGGAAGCUGAAAAGACGUCAAAGAAAUGUAGCAGUUACAUUACAAGUUUGUCUGAAACUGUAGGUCCUUUCUUAAGGGACCACUCUCCUCUUUUUCUACCACUUAGUUACAUUCAAUCUUUAUCAUAUCUCUCUAGAAACCGGGUCUUAAAGGAGCCAGCUGUCACACUUCACCUUUUUAGGCAUCUUGUUUGGAAGAGAGUUAUCAAACUGAAUCAGGUUUUAUUUUUCUUACAGUAGAUUCUUUCGCUGGGGGUAAAACGGGAAAUAGAAAUAAUAGUAAUAGAUUUGCAUUGCUUUAUUUUUUUAUAAUAUUAUACAGGGUUUCACAGACUUAUGUCGUGCAUACUCAAGUCAUCUUAAAACAGAUUUUCACAUCUGUACACACGCGUGCUUUGUUUUUAAGCACAUCGCAGGGAAAAUAAAAAGACUUCCAUGCUCUUUUUGUUCAAAACAAAGAAUACAUUGCGGAAGUCUAAGCGCCGGUAGCAGUUGAAGGUGUUGGAUUCUUGUCCUAUGGGCCAAACUGGGCUUUCCUGAACCUUUUACUGAAAACCCCAAUUGAGCUACUCAUAUCCCUCCAUAUAUGUAGUCUUAUUAUACCGAUCUCCCAGUUACCACCAAUUUAUCACAAAGAACAGAGUGUAGAAUCACAUACUGUAGGAGAUGGGGACUUGUUUGAGUAGCAGAAAGACUGCUUUGUUUUAGUAAGCAAAGGAACCCCCCCUCACCAUAUUAUCCAAGAGUGCUGGUUCACUCCUCCGUCUGUGCAUCCAAAUUGCCGAUGCAAAAGCGUAACCCAGUAAACAGCGUAGCAGACUUAAGCACAAGGUUUACGUGGUCAGGUAAAUCAUUGUUAAGCACUGCACAACUGAUAAACAUAUAUGAAAUGUAGGCCUUCUUUUGACCAUAGGCCAAAGACUGCACCUUCAAUAAAAGCAUCUCUAUUCUUAAACCCAAACAGGCUUUUUUUUCUCUCAAACUUACUAACUUGUCAGCGUUUUAACCAAAAAAAAAAAAAAAUUAAUAAUAAUAAUAAUAAUAAUAAUAAUAAUAAUAACAAGCUUGGCAUGAUUACUUUCUUUUCGAUACUGAAGAUCACACUGCUUGUGAGCUUCAGUCUUUUCAGUUUAUUAGGUGACAUGUUUCUGCACAGCAAAAUAGCUUAAAUACUUUCAUAUUCUCUGCUCAGGGCACUCACAUUCUCUCAAUGUUUUUAACUAUUAAUCGGGGGAAAAAAAUGCACAAAGUCAAGCAGAAACUGGUGAAAACCACAGUAGACCUAGAUAGCCAUGGCUCACAACUACCAUUGCUGAGAAUUUAGAAUCGUACAAUUAAGAAGCAGAUAUUAUAAACUGACUGACUAUGUAACACUAAAGUAAAUGAUUUAUCAUAUUUAAAUAAAAGAAAUCCCAGGUAGUUUGUCUCUAUCUUUGUAUUGCAUCAGUUUCCCUUAUUUUUUCUUACUGUAUUUAGUAUGUGCAAUACCCUUUUUUUUAUUACGUGCCAACUCAAAGCAGCUGGAUGGCAUUUUCUCUGGACUUGUUUCCAAUAAAUAUUAAGCAGACUUAACUUUACCUCCCUCCCCCCGAGCAUACACCAUAAAUGGGAGAAUAUGUAGACACAGAAUGAACCUUAACCGAUUAGCCACUUGCCUGUUUCAAAUGUAAAACAUAUAUACAAAAUGACUGAACAUAACCCCUGUAUUAGGGAAGGCUGUGCAGUACAGUAUGAAAAAUGUAUUGACUGUUCAUGACCCGCGCUAUAUUUAUAUAUUUUAUUUAUUUUUUUGGUCUGGGCCACACUAUAGUUAGCCUGUUUAUGGUGUCAUCCACUCAGCCAAUUCUGAGCAUCUUUAAAAUCGGUAAAUUAAAAAAAAAAAAAACUACUAAACUUUUUAAUUUCCCCUGCAAUUUUAUUUAUUUAUUUUUCUUUUAACGAUAGGGGCCACAGAAAGUGACAUCAUCCAUUUCCCCCUAUUGAAGAUAUUUUUUCUAGCUUUUACUCAGGGAUGGGGUUGGUGUAUGUGUGUGUGUGUGUGUGUGUGUGUGGUGCACUCAUGUGUCCAGAAGCAGCACUUUUACUGCCCAUGAGCAGAGGGAAACGUCUUUGGAUUUGUGAACCUCUCACCAGGUUCUGGUUCUCACUCUGAUUUCCUUCUCUCCACACCAGACCACACUAUCCUUAAGAACAUACAGUACAUCACUGUUAUAUCGCAGACCAUGGUAUUGUUGGCUAUUAAUAGUUUUUUAACUAAUAAUAAUUAUUAUUAUUAUGACACCUCAGAAAGUGGGGACCACUUUAAAAAAUGCACAUUUAAACCUUUUUAGGGUAGAAUUAAUAAUACUUUAUAUGCACUUUUAAAACCUAGAAGUCCCAGAGCCUGUUUAUAAUUACUGGGUUUUUUUUUCUUUUUUUUUUUUUUAGCAGAGCUUGGUUAAUCCUAGGUCAAACAUGCACACAUUCAGAGAGUUGAAAAGUUGACGUCUGUAGAAGUGUAGACUGCACUUUGUUGAACUGAACUGGCAGGCAGAGUAUCACCUUAUUUUAUUGACGCAUGCAAAAGCAUGGUGAAUCUUUUCAUAACACACCUCUAAGGGAGAAAGGCCAGAAUUCCAAAC